CGCGGGUAGCUCAUGGGCUGACCAUGCUCUAGUUCGCUGGAUAUCCAUGGGUUUAACACCUCAUUCUGGGCAGCAGUCAUCUCCCGUACUUGACUGAUUGGUCAGUGGCACGUUGGAUAUUAUUGACGUCAAUAUAUCAACUCCACCCUGAAGGGCAUGUCCCGAUCUGGUCACUGCUCUCCCUGCUGCUUUCUGUUAUGUAUCGCCUCAAGAGGCGAACAGCUAUUUGGACUGAUGAUUUGUAGCCGUUCAAAAUGCCCUUACACUUAUUCCAUAGCAAAACAACCCACCCCCGCCUCUCUGCACCUGAUCCAUGGCUUUCCUCAUAAUGAGCUUUUUGCCUUGCCAGAUUGCAUUCACGUUGACCAUGAUCCAAACUAGCUGGCUUGGCCCUGAGUAACCAACAUAGCUAUCUACCAUGGUCAAUCUCUUUUAACUUUCUUGGUGGUCUUGUCUGCUGCAAAACACAGCCACGCUCAACUCGAAUAAAGAUGUCUGUAUAGCACUUCGCAUGGGACCGCCUCCUUUUUUUUUUGCGGUAGUUCCAGGCAAGUACCAACAAGUACUUGUAUGAUGAAUAUUCACCAUGGCUACCUUGGAUGACACUGGACGUGACACUAAUCAACACAUAGUACCUACACGUAGCACUGAGAGCCAUUCCCCAGCCAGCCUUCGAUACGACGACGUCUCUCUCUCUGACGCUUUAACACCCGAUCCACAAUAUCAGCGUGACUUUGAAGUGGAUGACAACAAAUUUGCAUUCUCCCCUGGUCAACUGAAUAAGUUGCUGAAUCCCAAGUCGCUGGCCGCCUUCCAUGCCGUAGGAGGCCUGAGGGGUCUGGAGCACGGGCUUCAAACUGACCUUACCGCUGGUCUAUCUGUGGACGAGGGCAGGAUACCAGGCUAUGUAACAUUCAGCGAUGCAACAAACUGUGCCUUUUCGAAGCUUGACAGCCAACCGCGAUUGUUGGAUGCAGAUAGCCAGACGGCUAUUGUUCCAAGCUCCUCAUCUCAAUUCUACGACAGAAUCCGGGUCUUUGGUCGCAAUGAAUUGCCUGAACCCAGACGGAAGGGGUUUGUCAAGCUCCUGUGGGAUGCGUAUAACGACAAAAUUAUUAUCCUGCUAACCAUCGCAGCUGUUAUAUCACUGUCAUUGGGUAUAUAUGAGGCGGCCAGUGGGCAGUCUCAGGUAGAUUGGAUUGAAGGCGUGGCAGUUUGCGUCGCUAUUAUAAUAGUAGUGGCUGCCACGGCGGGCAAUGAUUGGCAAAAGGAGAGGCAGUUUACCAAACUUAACAGACGAAAAGUAGAUCGCGACGUUAGAGUGGUUCGCUCAGGGCGACCACUCAUGGUACAUAUCUCAGACAUCACGGUGGGCGAUGUGCUGCACAUUGAACCCGGAGAUUCCCCACCUGUCGAUGGUAUCAUGAUUUCAGGUCAUGGAAUUAAAUGCGAUGAAUCGUCGGCAACGGGUGAGUCUGACCAUAUGGAAAAGGUCUGCGGGCAUGAAGCCUGGAACAGCAUCAUGGAUGGCACGGCCACGAGGGAGCUGGACCCGUUUAUUAUUUCCGGAAGUAAGGUCCUCGAGGGUGUAGGAACCUACUUAGUGACCAGCGUUGGCUGCUAUUCGACCAAUGGAAGGAUCAUGGCAUCUCUACAGACAGAGAGCGAUCCAACGCCCCUGCAAGUCAAACUGGCUAGACUGGCAGGCUGGAUAGGGUUACUUGGAACAGGCGCUGCACUACUUUUGUUCUUUGUUCUUUUGAUCCGAUUCCUAGUGCAACUACCCGGUAAUGAAGGUUCACCGAGUGUAAAAGGCCAGGAGUUUAUGGAUAUACUAAUCGUCGCUGUUACGGUGAUUGUCGUAGCCAUACCCGAGGGACUGCCAUUGGCUGUAACUUUAGCCUUGGCUUUCGCUACGACUCGGAUGCUCAAGGAGAACAACCUUGUCCGAGUCCUGCGUGCUUGCGAAACGAUGGGCAAUGCAACCGUGAUAUGCUCCGAUAAAACAGGGACACUUACGCAGAACAGGAUGACAGUUGUUAUGGGAUCCUUUGGUGCGAACGAGCAGUUUGGCCACCAGAGAACUGAGGAUGGCAGCCAGUCGACUUCCCCUACGAUAUUGGAGACACUAGAGAGGUUCCCUGCUGCUUUCAGGAAUCUGCUGACUGACAGCCUUGCCUUGAACUCCACAGCCUUUGAGGAGGAGCAAGAAAAUGGGCGUGAGUUUGUCGGGAGCAAGACAGAAAUUGCUCUCCUGCAGCUUGCAAAGGAUUACUUGAAUAUGAUUGACCUCACCGAGGCACGAGCCAACGGUCAUAUUGAACAUAUAUUUCCCUUCGAUUCGAGCCGCAAGGCAAUGGGGGUUGUGUAUCGUGCAGGCCCGACUGGGUACCGGUUGCUUGUGAAAGGAGCGGCUGAGGUUAUGCUGAAUACAUCGACUAAAACGGUAAUUGCGGGAAAGUCUGUUGAAGAUCAGGUAGCAGUUGAGUCUAUUACUGAUGACACUCGCAAAACCAUCUUGGAUACUAUUGGCGCCUAUGCACGCAAAUCCCUACGAACCAUUGGUGCCAUCUACACUGAUCUCCCAGACUGGCCUGCUGAGGGGACUAGGGGCGGCGAGAAGGGGUUGCCGAACUUUGAGGAACUGCUCCGGGAUAUGACAUGGAUUGGGGCAUUUGGAAUUCACGACCCGCUAAGGCCCGAGGUUCCCGGGGCAAUUAGGACGUGUCAUUCAGCGGGAGUCCAAGUCAAAAUGGUCACAGGUGACAAUGUCAACACGGCUUCGGCCAUCGCUUCCUCCUGUGGUAUCUUGGACGAUGACGGCAUUGUCAUGGAAGGUCCUGAGUUCAGAAAGCUAAAGGAGGAGGAGAUGGAAGCCAUCAUUCCACGCCUACAGGUAUUAGCACGUUCAUCACCUGAUGACAAACGCAUCCUCGUCAAACAGCUGAAGCGUCUCGGGGAAACCGUUGCAGUAACAGGGGACGGGACGAACGAUGGACCUGCAUUGACGUCCGCGGACGUGGGUUUCUCUAUGGGUAUCAGCGGCACGGAGUUGGCGCGUGAGGCAAGUUCCAUCAUUCUUCUAGAUGACAACUUUAAGUCGAUUGUGACAGCCAUGGCUUGGGGUCGGGCUGUCAACGAUGCUGUCUCCAAGUUCUUACAGUUCCAAAUAACCGUCAACAUCACUGCCGUCUGCCUCACAGUAGUAACAGCCAUCUACAGCAACAAAAAUGAAAGUGUUCUGAAGGCCGUCCAGUUACUCUGGGUAAACCUAAUCAUGGACACAUUCGCUGCUUUAGCACUAGCAACCGACGCCCCAACGGAGAAGAUCUUACAAAGACCACCUGUCCCACGAAAUGCCCCUUUAUUCACCGUAACAAUGUGGAAGAUGAUAAUCGGACAGUCCAUCUACAAGCUAGCCGUCUGUUUCACCCUCUACUUCGCGGGUGACCGCAUCUUGGGCUACGACACCCGGAUCCAUCAGAAGGAGGUAGAGCUCGACACCAUUAUUUUCAACACCUUUGUCUGGAUGCAGAUAUUCAACGAACUCAACAACCGUCGUCUCGACAACAAAUUCAAUAUCUUUGAGGGCGUGCACCGAAACUACUGGUUCAUGGGGAUUAACCUCCUGAUGGUCGGGGGCCAGAUACUUAUUAUUUUUGUUGGCGGUGCUGCAUUCAGUGUCACACCGUUAGAUGGUGUUCAGUGGGCGAUCUGUAUAGGAUGCUCUAUUUUUUGUAUUCCUUGGGCUGCUGUGCUGAAGCUUAUCCCGGACCGCCAUUUUGCGGCUGUGCUGGAUAUCAAGGUCAAGAUGAUCCGCUUUCUUUCCUAUCCAUUCAGGAAAGCAUGCCACUUUAUGGCACAUGGCUUCCGUGCGCUGGGGAAAGCAUGCAUUGGAAAAUGGUGGGGUCUUGAAGCCAUAUUACUACGCACUGUGAAGAAGAGCAUGUCUGAUGGGGAUGAAGAAAAGGGUGGCAGUACAAGCUAAGCCAGGCAAGGGUAUCUGCAGUCUUUCAUUAUAUGACUCUGUUCUCUCUCCUCUUCCACUUUUCUUUUCAUUUCUUUCUUCCCUCGACUCUCCCUGUCCCUGCUUAGAAAUGUUAGGGUAUGUAUGAAAGACAGACGCAUAGAUGG